UACAUACAAAGCAAAGCUGUUGUGAGAGUUUUAGCCCGCUGCUGUCGAAUUGAUUUAAGAACCAGUGUCGGAGACGUGAAUGCUGUGGAAUGCUGUGCGUGUGACAAAGAACAGAUGUCGCUGUAGAAAAGUUGUAGGCGAACAGCGUUUUACGAAGAAAAAUACAUUAAUGCAAACCACAGGAGUGUAAUGUUUUAUCCUCCUUCGCCUAAGUGGUGUGUCUGAAGUGCCAGUACAUACUAAGUGUGAAUUUGAAAAGAGGCGACCUGGGCAUUCAAGUGGUUUGGCGAUCAACAAGCAAAACAAGAGUAAAGCAGGAAAAUAAGUAAUUCCCAUAAAAUAAACAAUAGAAGUGAGUAAUGCAGCGAUAAAAAUAUGGAUCAAUGUUAGAGCAGGCCGUCCGACACGUACUACAUUAGCAAGGAAGUAAAAUACGCAGAGCGAGAAGAAGCUUUUUAACCGACAUCUAAAGCAAACAGAAGACAAUAUGUUUCUUCCUGUCAAAUCAAAUAUCUCCACGGAGAACAAUUCAGCCGGCGGGAAUAACGAGGACGUCACCACCACCAGCAAUAAUUCCACACAAACGCCCAGCGACUUAAGCCCACCGGGUCCCAAUGAAGAGGUACUGCCACAGGCGCAUCAUCAAAAUCCCGGACAUUGCAUCGCUUCCUUUGCGGCAAUCAAUCAAAUGCGCAAUAACACGCAGCUCUGCGAUGUCUCAUUGGAAGUGGGUGGCGAAACUAUACAGGCGCACAAAGUGGUGCUUGCUUCGGUGUCACCCUAUUUCUAUGCCAUGUUCAAUGACGACAUGCUGGAGCGCAAUCAGGGUGCCGUACGUUUGCACGAUGUCGAUGUUACGGCGCUACGUCAACUCAUCGAUUACACGUACACCGGUGAGAUCACCAUAACCGAGGACAAUGUGCAGGUGUUGUUGCCCGCCUCCAGUUUGUUGCAAAUUCAUUCAGUACGCGAGGCAUGUUGCAAAUUUUUACUGCGACAACUGCAUCCAUCCAAUUGCUUGGGUAUACGUAGUUUUGCUGAUGCCCAUUCUUGCAAGGAGCUACAUACGCGCUCGCAUAAGUAUGCAUUACAAAACUUCCAACAAGUCGUCGGAACCGAGGAGUUUUUGCUUUUACCUUUUGACGAGGUCAGAGAUCUGAUAUCAAAUAAUCAACUGAAUAUUUGCUCCGAAGAGAAAGUUUUUCUCGCUGUACUAAAUUGGGUCAAACACGAUCUAGCUGAACGUCAGUGUCACAUUGCCGAAUUGAUGAGCCACGUACGCUUGCCGCUGGUGGGACGAGAUUUCCUUAUGACCUGCGUCGAAACAGAGACACUCAUAAGAGAGGACGGCCAGUGCAAGGAACUUUUGUUGGAAGCCAUGAAAUACCAUUUACUGCCAGAACAGCGCAGCUUGAUGAGCAGCCAACGCACACAAGAGCGUCGGCCGGAGGGUAUGAAAUCGUAUGUGUUCGCUGUGGGUGGCGGCAGCCUCUUCGCCAUUCACAACGAGUGCGAGGUCUAUAAUCCACGCACUAACGCUUGGACACCCAUCGCACCAAUGCUGUGGCGACGUUCACGCUCCGGUGUGACUGCGCUACACAAGCAGCUCUAUGUUGUCGGUGGUUAUGAUGGCGUGAGCGAUCUAAGCACUGCCGAAUUCUAUAAUCCGUUGAUCAAUAAGUGGACUAAUAUAACACCGAUGGGUACGAAGCGCUCUUGUCUAGGCAUUUGCGCCUACGAUGGACUACUGUAUGUUUGUGGUGGCUAUGAUGGCGCCUCUUGUCUAAGCAGCAUGGAGCGUUACGAUCCAUUGACGGCCAUCUGGAGUUCGUGUCCGGCAAUGAAUACACGACGCCGCUACUGCCGUUUAGCGGUAUUGGAUAAUUGCAUUUACUCGUUAGGCGGGUUCGAUUCGACCAACUACCAGUCGAGUGUGGAGCGUUUCGAUCCACGCGUUGGACGUUGGUUUCCCGUGCAAAGCAUGACGGCGCGACGCAGUAGCUGCGGUGUGGCUUCUUGUGAUGGCUACUUGUACUGCAUUGGCGGCAAUGAUGGCACGAUGUGUAUGUCUAGCGGGGAGCGAUUCAAUUUACGACGCAACGCGUGGGAGCCGAUCGCAACGAUGCAUUCCAGAAGGUGGGUACGGUAAUAACCGGGUUA